AUGGUGGGAGGGGAUGUGUCAGACUUUAUUGUGAAUUGCCUAAAUACUCGUACUUUUCCGGCUAAUUUGAAUGAUACUGAUAUAGUCUUGAUUCCCAAGAAAAAGAACCCGGAGUUGGUCUCGGAUCUUAGGCCUAUAGCUCUGAGUAAUGUGAUAUACAUGAUUAUGGCUAAGGUGAUCUCGGCCAGGAUGAAGCCACUUAUGAAUGAGAUUAUUUCUGAUACGCAGAGUGCGCUUAUACCUGAUAGGCUCAUAAUAUAUAAUAUUCUGGUUGCUGCGGAAGUUGGUCAUUUUUUGAACAGAAAACAGUGUGGUAUGACUGGGUGGGGUGCAUUAAAGUUGGAUAUGGCGAAGACGUAUGAUCGGCUCUCAUUACUAUUACAGCAAGCACAUUCUCAGGGAACAAUUCAUGGUUGUAGAGUUGCAAGAGGAGCUCCCCCUAUAUCUCACCUAUUUUUUGCUGAUGACAGUUUGUUAUUUUUUAAGGCAAAUAUUCAGGAGGCUGACGUGAUUAAACAGUGUUUGGCACAGUAUGAAAAGUUGUCUGGCCAAGUGGUCAAUUACCAUAAAUCUAGUAUAUGUUAUAGUAAGAAUAUGAGGGAUGAAGACAUGAAUGAUGUGGCGCAUGUUUUGGGUGUUGCCCAAGCUCCCAAUUAUGGGAAAUAUUUGGGCCUACCCUCUUUUAUAGGGAGAAAUAAGAAAGCAGCUUUCUCGUAUAUUGAGGAUAGGAUCAGGCAUAAGAUUGUUUCCUGGAAUAAGAAAUUGUUAUCACAGGCUGCUAUUGAGCGAACUAUGAACCGUUACUGGUGGGGAUCUGGGAAUGACCGACGCAUCUAUUGGAAGGCCUGGGAUAAGAUGUGUAUACCAAAGAAGCAUGGGGGUCUGGGCUUCAAGGAGUUACAUGCUUUCAGCCUGGCAAUGUUGGGUAAGCAAGCAUGGCGAUUACUUACUACACCUGAGUCUCUGGUUUCGAAAGUCUAUAAAGCCAGAUAUUAUCCUAAAGGGACUUUUUAUGAUGCUUGUAUAGGGAAUAACCCUAGUUUCUGUUGGCACAGUAUUAUGGAAGCUCAUGACAUGGACCAACACGAUCCAAAGAUCCACACAGAAAAACCUAUGCAUUUGAGUAAUGCGACUGUUAAGGGGUUAAUAGACCCGGAUACGAGUACUUGGGAUCCGGAUAUUUUGACAGAUAUUUUUGACCCCAUUGAUAUACCCCGAAUAUUAAAAAUACCAGUAUCACCAGACUAUGACGAUAUGUGGUAUUGGCAUGGGGAUCAGAGAGGAAACUAUACAGUAAAGAAUGGGUACAGGGCUAUUGUUGGAGACUAUGAUCAUACUACGAGCAACUUUGACAAUUGGCUAAGCCUAUAG